GACUGCGAGGAAGGAAAAGGAAAUUCUUUGGAGAAGGAGAUCGAUUCUUUGCGCUCAUCUGCGCUAUUAGCAGCGGCGGCGGCGAGUGAAGACGGCAGCAUAAGAUCCUCCGUCGACGGCGGAACGGUAAAAAAUUUCGACAGGUUUGUUCCCAUCUUCACUCUCUUAUCGAUCUCUGGAUUUGUUUGGUUUUCCCGCCGUGGAAUCAGUCGAUUCCUUGCCCAGGUCUGAAUUCUUGUGUUUAUGAGUUUGCUCAGCUACCCUGGUCUGGAGCUCAAUUUCGCCAUUUUAGCUGAAAAGAAGAGAACUUUGGUAGUUUAUGGUUGAGGGGUUUUGUUUUUUUAACUCAUUUGGAUUGCUGAUUUCAGUGUAAUUCUCCCAACCUUUUCCUUCGCAAUGUUGUGGGCAAGUAUAAGGCAGAAACUUGUAAAUUCAGCUGGAAACGCUUCGAUCGACCGUGGCUUUACCAAUUUGUGUGGCGGAGCUAGAGGAAUUCUAGCAUACUCAUGGCCAUUAAGAGACUCGUCGGCUUAUGGAUUGAAUAGGUUGUUUUCCUCAGCAUCAGAAGCUUCCUCAACAGGAAGUGAAACCCAGGCUCCUAUGCCGAGGGCAAUGUGGAAGGGUCCGUUCGUGGAUGCUUUCCUAUUGAAGUUGAAGAACAAGGGAGAUCCGCUCAACAACAGGAAGAUCUGGUCGAGGAGGUCGGUCAUAUUGCCCGAGUUCUUGAACUCCACUGUCAGGAUAUACAAUGGGAAGUCGUUCGUUCGUUGCAAGAUCACCGAGGCCAAGGUGGGACACAAGUUCGGGGAGUUUGCUCUCACUCGAAGGAGGAAGUUCAGAGGCAGCGAUGGCAAAGGGGGUAAGACUAAGACUCUUAAGAAGGGUGGAAAGAAGUAGUAGUAGUAGUAGUAGCAGCAGCAGCCUCAUAAUUGGCUGUUCUUUGUUUUACAUCACUAGAGAAUUUGCAGUUGGAACUUACAAAAAUGAAAGAUUUUGAGAUGUGAGUUGCAAAAUGUAGUAUAUGUUGCCAUGGCAUCUUAGUUUCUGAAGUCCAUGGUUCUGAUUUCCUACAUAUUUGUUCAUUCUACUGCUGCUAAACUGGAAAACAAACCAGUUAAGCGCUGUUAUCGAUUUUUCUUAUCGAUAGAGAACGAUCUCAAACUGUCAAGCAACUGAUUUCUCGCUUUGGAUUCGUACUCGGGUUUUUUCGUUAGAAUUCGCAUUCGGGGAUGGCAUGUGAAACAUGUAGAUUAUGAACCAGUUCAUUUGAUCAUAUGCCACCCUCAAUAAAACAAAAGAAACAACCACGAUUUCACCACCUACAACUGCUGACUUCUGUCCCCAGAAACAGGACCAGCUGAUUGAGACGUCCUCCUGUUUCCAGACAAAUCACUCAUAUUAAUUUUAACAGCAUCUUAAUCUUUGCUUUUCUCAUGGAUUAUUCAUUAUUCAAGUAAUUGAACCCAGGGAGGCACGUUUUAGUGCAGUUGCAACAUCUCUGUCCUUAUCAUUGCAUCAAAAUUACACAACAGAAGGUUGAAUGUCAAAAUGGAUGAAGAUUCAUAUAUUUACAAUACUUGCAUACUUGUGUUCAUAGCAUGUGUCAGAUGGUAACGAGAAUGGCUACGAUAUAUGCACGAGCACGGCCGAUCACGUGCAUCUGUCAAGAUAGCGUAUUACACUGGUCGAUAUCAUCUUAUUGCACCGUUAUGAAAGUUUUGAGUAGUCGUGACGAAAAAGAACACAAGACACAUGAGAUGAUUACUAUAGCAUGAUACGAAAUAAAAUUUGACAUCACAAUCACUCGAAGGCAAGACCUUUCACUGCGUGCAUAAGGGGUCCUAACGAAAGACACUAGUAUUUUCCCAGGUUACAUCUUUACGCGUUUCAUGAUCUUAAUUCAACAACUCACAGUGACCGUAUAAACCAGAAGUGUCCACCAUCGAAAGUGAUUCAUUUGUGUCAUACCAAGAAAAAGAUGAGUGGCGC